AUGGGGGUCCUGGAAGCAGUCUCUGCCGACAUGGGGGUCCUAGAAGCAGUCUCUGCCGACAUGGGGGUCCUGGAGGCCGCUUUGGCCGACAUGGGGGUCCUGGAGGCCGCUUUGGCCGACAUGGAGGGCCGUGGGUCAGCUGCAGCAGACAUGGAGGGCCGUGGGUCAGCUGCAGCAGACAUGGAGGGCCGUGGAGCUGCUGAAGCCGACAUGGCCAUCCUGGUCUACAGGGUGUUUCGUAAUGAAACAAAGAGGAAUGUGAAGCUACUUCAUGGCAUCAUUCACCUCCUGGCCCUCAUCAUCAGCAUCGUGGGGGUUGUAGCUGUGUUUGACUUCCACAAAGCAGCCAACAUCCCAGAUAUGUACUCUCUGCACAGCUGGUGCGGCAUGGCUACCCUUGUUCUGUUCUGCGUACAGUGGGUGAUGGGUUUGCUGUUCUUCCUGUUUCCUGGCAUGUCGUCACGGUUACGGUCCAUGUACCUCCCGAUCCACAUGUUCUGUGGUUUGACCCUGCUGCUCAUGGCCAUUGGAACCAGCCUGCUGGGCAUCACAGAAAAGCUCCUCUUCAGCAUCACAUCCACCUACUCCCUGUUCGCCCCUGAGGGCAUGCUGGCCAACGUCUUGGGGAUCCUGUUGGUGCUCUAUGGGGGGGUGCUUUGUUACCUGAUGACCAGGGAAGAAUACAGACGCCCACCAAACCCAGAGGAGGAGACGUUGUCUGUCCAUUUCAAAACCCUGACUGAGGGGGGGUCACCAGGUUUCCCCUGAACCCAUCUUGAUCCAGUUUCCUGCAGAUCCAGCAGUCUGAUUCUGGCUCGUAGAAAUAUUUUCUGAGAAUGUUUGUCUGUAAGUGUUUGGUUUUGUGAGCAUGGAGCUGUAUAAUUAAAAAAUAAUCCUUAAAGAAUGUCACCCGCCGCCAUGCCAGAGGUUCACACUGAAACCGUUUGAUG